UGGUGCUGGUGCUUAAGUGAUGCCACUUUGAAGUGAUACUUGAGAGAGCGAGGAUAUUCCAUUUGAAUUGCUUCAGAUCUCUCAUCGCAUCUUAGUGAUGGGAAGCUUGGAUCCUUUUACUGACUUGGAUCUUUGAAUCUCGUUCAGCAACACGAACAAAUCUUUUUUUGACCGCCCCAUAGGCGGAAUGCAGUGGGGCUGUGAAGUGAUGAACGAACGACUCGAACCCGAAGACUCGAGAGGGUAACUAACCAUUUCUGUUUCCAGUACUGCAUGGUGCAUUGCCUAUGGGGCGGUCACGUUCAUAAAUGACACAUCACUAUCGCGUCUCACACUUGCAUCCUUCUCUCGCAUCCUAAGGGAGUAGAGCAAAGACGCAAGGAAAGGAAGCGAGGAAAGGAAACGUGGACGCACAAAUAAGAAAUGAGUAGCACCCACACCCUUUAUAUACUACACUCCUUCCCGCCAUGUUGAAAUGUGAUAUUAGUGACCGCAGACAGGCGGCGCUAGUGAGUAAAAACGCCCCGAAAGGUAAGCAACUCUAGCCGUAUACAUUACUGUCUCUCACUCGCUUUCAGACGGAUUGCGGCAACUUUCACACAGAACGGAUACAAAGGAUUUUCUUUUUCUAUUUUCCACACCUAAACAGCAUGACUCCACUGCGCUGUUAGGAUACAGUCGGUAAAGAGGUCUUAUGACUGUUUGGUGUAACAGAGGGAGCAGCCAUGAAAAGGAACAAGCAAUGGGAUGUCAGAGGAGCAGUAGGCUUUGCAGCUUUCUUCCAUUUCCUCUAUUCCUGUGCCAGAGGCUGCCUUUUGCCCUUCCUCACCAUUUACUUUCGGCACCUUGGCCUCACUGCUGCCAUGACAGGCACCAUCAUGGCUGUUAAACACGUAGUUGCGCUGGUGUGGACACCUCUCUCCUGCAUCCUGGCCAGGCGCCAUAAUAAACGGCGCAUGGUCAUAACAGGGUCUCUCGUUUGCUCAGCAGCAGUUGCAUUAGUGCUUCUGCUCUUCCCACCCACAGGAAAGAGCACAGAGAGCCGAAGUUGUAAUAUUAGUCAGCUGAAUGCAGUACAUGAGCUUAGCUCAACUACUCUGAAACCCAAGACAACGCUACAAAAAUUCUCUGCACCUGUUUUGUUCUCAACAGAACACAAGAUGACGCCUACCGAAGAGUACAAUAACACUGAAUCCAUACCUACAACGCCAGUCAGAAUCUCAGAAUUACAUAACAACCAGAGUACCACUGUGAAUACAACAAACAGUCAAAGUGACUGGAAAGAAUCUUUGGAAACAAAAAGUUUUCAGAUGCCUUCACCAGAUAAGAGGAGCAGAUCUUUAACCAAGCGUGAACAAAAGCAGCAGGAGAUGAACAAGAUUCAAUAUGAAUUCCUUGGGAGCUUGAAAGUCAUGGACACGCAACAUCAAAUGUUUUUCUUGGUCAUGAUCAUCAUAAUCCUAUGGGAGAUUCUGGCUGCCCCAUUGACAUGGACAGCUGAUGAUGGGCUCCAUGAGUACCUUGAUUUUGUGGAUGCCACAGAACGUCACAGGGCUGUUAAACCAUGGAGAUUGUUAGGGACUGCUGGUGGUAUGGGAUGCUCUGGUAUUCUAGUAAGCCUCCUUUACUGUUUAAUUGGAACAGUGUUGCAUUUUUACACCUACUCUCUGCUCAUGGUUCUAGCAGUGCCUCUUGCUGCUUUGUUACCACUUUACCGGCACAAACGUGAACAUGUUCCUGGGGCUGGCUUGAAGGCACUGCACCUAGUACGAGGAGACUCGCAGGCACUGCUCUGUGCCAUCACUGCUGUCCUUGCUGGCAUGGCAGGCUCUGCUGUAUCUGACUUCCUUCUGUGGCAGAUGCAAGAUCACAAUGCUACAGAGCUUCAAAUGGGUAUUACUUUGGCUGUUGUGCCUCUGUGCCAGGCUGCCUUUGCCCCACUGAAUGAAUGUUUAACUCGUCUUCUGAAAUCCCAUGGCCGGCUACUACCUCUUGGUAUCAUGGGUCUGUCUCUGCAGUGCCUUUCCUAUUCUUUCAUGUGGACUCCAUGGACAGUACUUCCUUCUCAGGUUCUGGCUGGAAUCAGCAUUGGUGCCCUCUGGUGGUCAUUAGAGGCUCAAUCUGUGGACAUAGCCUCUCCAGGGACAGAGCUGGCAGUGAAGCGAGUGUUUGAAGCCCUUUAUCAAGAUCUUGGUACUGGACUAGGCAGUGUAGCAGGUGGGUUUGUGGUACAGAAGUUUGGGAUUAAGAUCCUCUUCCAGGGUACAGCAGCAAUGCUCGGAGUGUGGUGCAUUUCUUUAGCCAUGCUGCAGUGGAGAAUCCCUCGCCAGCGCAGGAUAAAUUACUCACGCCUGCUGGCGGCUGAUGCCAGUGAAAUGAGCGAGUCGGAGUCUGAGCAGGACAAUGACUGGUUGGAGAAAGCCAUGGAGGAGGACAAGGGGAACAAUAAUUGGAGGAGGCUGGAUUAAUCAGGAUGAUAAACAUUCUUCCACAAAGAUAUGAUGCCAGAAAACCAGCUGAGUGACUGUUAAAGUCAAAGCCAUUGCAAUGUGGAGGGCUUAAAAGUCAGUAUGUUGAAAUAUUAUACUUUUGUUCCAGAUUGGCCUUAAUGGCUUUAAGAACAUUACAGAAGGUCAUUAAAUCACAGUUGCUUUGCUUCUAUUGCUCAGCCUGUCACAGCUGGAUGCUGCAUGAGCUGCAAUUUGUUUCAGCUGCCAUAAAGCCAGUAUGAUUGUCCUAAAUUACAUAUUGUUAAGUAUGCUAAUCUUAUAAAGAAAAGUAAAGCUUACAUAACUGUUUCUUUUUUUUAUUGCCUCUUUAAAGCUCAAAAAUGCCUGGAACCAUAUUACAUUUAAAAAGCAAUGAAAUACAGUAUGUUUUUAUGGCUUUCUUAAACUAAUUAUAUCACCACCACAGAGCAUCAGACGAGAUAUACAAUUAUGCCACAGCACUGUUAAAUUCUUGCUUUUGAUUCAUCUGAAGGUGUUCAUUAAAUUUUGAUUAUCUAUAGCUCGGACAGUAGUCCUGCUGGCAAGUUUUUUUAUUAAUUCACUCAUUUUAAUGUUAUCAUUUCUAUCGUAACAAUGUACACACUGGGGUGUGUGUAAGCUUAGGUAAUUGUUCAUAUGGUGACAUUUUCUGGCCCAGUUUCUUGAAAGAGAAAAAAGAGAGGCUGGUGAGAGAAUGGCUGUUUCUAACUGUUCUAAUCUAAGUGUUAAGGCAUGCACAACAGUCCACAACAUUAAAUGUGGCUAUAAAUGUUUAAAAUUCUGACAUGUUCUAUAAUAGAUAAAAAUUGUCAAAAUUGACACCUGACCAUCACACCCAUAUGUGCUUUUUGAACAUCCCAAUUUCCCGUUGCUGUUAUAAUAACUGCCACUGUUUUGAGAAGGCUGAGGAGAUUUUGUAAUGUUGCUCUGAGCAUCAUCAGCUACAAGAGCAUUAGUGAGGUCUGGCACUGAUGUCGGGCGAGGAGGUUUGGCACAUAGUUGGCCUUCUGGUUCAUCGCAAAAGUGAGGUCAGGGCUCUGUGCAGGCCACUCGAGUUCUUCCACACUAACCUUGGCAAAUCAUGUCUUCAUGGACCUCACUUUGUGCACAUGUGCUUGCCAUGUUUCCUGUUAAAGUCCAUCGCAACCUUGUGACCGCUUCCCACCCAGGCUAUGAAAUUGAUUUCAAUACGUUCUUUAGGGCUGCAACUAACGAUUAUUUUCAUAAUCGAUUAGUUGGCCGAUUAUUUUUAUUAUUUAAUCAGAUGGGGGGGACUAUCAAUACCAUUUUUUCAUUUAUUUAAAAUAAAAUCUGCAAACUGAGUGUUACAAAUAUAAACUUCAGACUAAAACUUUACACAGCUGUUUGUCCAAUUAUAUAAGACUGAAAAGAACCCAAUACACACAGACACACAUCAGAAUAUAUAU